UUUUAUUUUAAGAGGCUGCCAAUGGCAGUAAGGCGCGUACCCAGGAUUCACUGUUUUUUUACCCAUUUUUUGACGGCCAUGGGGGUUGUGUACACACCUGUUUAUGCGCCGAAGGCAUGGUGGAGAGGGCAGAGAGGGAAUGAAGAGAGAUGAGGAGUAUGAUAGAAAGGGAGGAGCUGGAACUAUUACUUUGUAUCAAUCAAUAGAAGAAGGUUGGGCAACCGUUAUAAUAUACUCAAAGUGUGGCUGAUAUUCUCUUUCGAUAUGCUCCACAUUAUGGGAUAAUUAUGCAUACUUCCUAACUUACUAAUGGUCAGCGGUCACAUUUCAAAGCUAUUCCAAUGCAAAUGAGACAGCGGUAUAUAACCCCAGGGACAUAGAAUACAAUCAGUUCUUCCUUUCGUGCUACUACAGAAGGAAAAUGGCAAGCAAAGAUGAUAAGCAGAACCAUAUUGAACCUGAAAUAACCGUUAUUUCUCGUGAACCAGCGAGGGAAACACAGUCUACGAAGGAUAAAGACGAAGAAGCAUUGGAGUUUGAUGUUGACGAACUGAAAGACCAGCUUGGUAUAUCUCAUAUGCUCGAGACAAAGAAAUUCUUGAUCGAGCAAGUUACUGCAAAACAGGCAGCUACCUCGAAUUAUAACGCCAGUGAGGCUAAUAUUGCAGUGAAAACGUCCGACUCGGACGGUUCCGGUUUUGACCCGUCGGCUAGCCUUUUACCGGCGGUCGGAGAUUAUACUCCUGACAAGGAGAGUAGUGCUAAUUCGUCGCUGGACUCCAGCGCAGCAGCACAGUUCCUACCCUCUUUCUUUGAGGAAAAGGAGGGCUAUGGUCCUAAGGUUAUAGACGUUAUUGCCGAGCGUGUCAACGACGCAUGUUCUAAAAAACCUCUGGAGCAGAAGCUCAAGGAGCUGCAGAAUAAAUAUAAGACUCCAGAAAACUGCAAAUUUAUCUGCGUUCCUAAAGUAAACGUGGAAUUGUGGCAUGAUCUAGAGCGAAACACCAAGUCCAGAGAUUUAGGACUGCAAGAACUUCAAAAGAAUGUGGUAAAAGCGGCGCAGCCCAUUGUCAUGCUGUUUGACUCUAUCGCAGGUAGAGCAGUUGAUCCUAAGGAUAUCUUGCCGAUGCUGGCUGAUUCUAUUACCCUAUUGGGGCAUGCGCCUUACUUGUGCUCUCUAAAGAGACGAGAGCUACUGAAACCUGACAUAGCUCAGGCCUACCAGGCAGUGUGCAGCAAAUCCAAUCCUGUGACCACCUUUCUUUUUGGGGAUGAACUCCCUAAACAUGUCAAGGACAUAGGUAAAGUUAAUAAAAUUGCUAGAAGGACACUAACUCGGGUGAGUUCAUCGAGACGUGGGCGCUCUUUUGACUACAAAUUCUCAAACAACAACAACAACAACACACAGAAGAAUUACCAGAACUCCUAGGACAAAGCUUGAAUGAGGUACCUAUGGCUCAUGCGGGUAAUCUGCAGCACCACAUUGAAAACUUGCGUAAAAUCACCAAUGAUCCCUGGGUACUAGAAACUGUAUCGGGAUAUCAUUUGGAAUACAGUGAGUCUCCUUUGCAAAAUGAAUUACCUAAGCAGGCUCCAUUUGGCGAAGAUGAGGAAAAGCUUAUUGAUGAGGAGAUCACUAAGUUAAAUAGUAGAGGAGCCAUCAUCAAGGUUUCUCCCUGCACUGGGGAAUUCAUUUCAAAUAUCUUUCUAGUACCAAAGAAAACAGGUGAUAUGCGCCCAGUGAUUAAUUUAAAGCCCUUGAAUAGUUUUGUACAAAAGAUCCAUUUUAAAAUGGAAAAUAUUGAUGUGGCCUUAGAUGCCAUCGCAAAGGGUGUCUUUAUGGUGUCAGUUGAUUUAAAAGAUGCUUAUUUCAGCAUUCCUAUUUACAAGCCUGAUCGUAAAUAUUUGAGGUUUAAGUGGAGAAAUUUAUGAAUUUUCAUGUUUACCCUUCGGCUACAGCCUAGCCUCCAGAGUUUUCACCAAGGUCCUUAAACCUGUUGUCUCUCAUUUGAGACUAAAUGGACGUCGAGUUGUGAUAUUUCUCGACGACAUUCUUUUGAUUGGUAGCUCUCCGCAGGAAUGUUUCUCACAUUUAUCCAUGCUCAGAUUAUUAUUACAUGAUUUGAGUUUUAUAAUAGAUGAAGAAAAAUCUCAGCUCACUCCAGUCAGUCAAAUCACCUAUCUGGGUUUUGAUAUUGACUCUGAGUAAUGAAGCUCUCAUUGCCUAUUAAGAAGGUUGAGAAAAUAGUUCAGGCAUGCAAAAAAGGUUUUGUUAAAAACGUUUGCCUCCGUCAGGGAAGUUGCUUGCAUAGUGGGUUUGUUGGUAUCAGCCUUCCCUGCUGUGAAGUAUAUUAAGCUUCACUACAGAUCUAUUGCAAGAGACACAUUCCCAGAAAUAAGAGACAACAUGGCCGCCACGCAUGCGUAAUGUAAUGUAUUUGAGAAAAACCUUAGGAUCAAAACGAAUAAACAGUAAUGGCGGACUCUCGUUGUUUAUUUCUGCUACCCAGAAAACCUUGCGGUCAUACAAACAGGAAUCCCAAACAUUACAUACUGCCCCACCCAAGUUUACAACUAAAAGAUACUUGCUUGCUGAGGCCAGUAAAACUAUCAAAUUUAUACACACAAUAUGUCAACAAGUAAAAAACAACAACAAUGUCCAUGACAAGUUCUUGACAAGUUGUCAAUCCAUCAGAUCCGGAAAAAUGUACACAGUGUGUGAUAUGCUGCUUAAAAUUAACAUACAUAGUCUUUGAGGUGAGUAGGUGUGGUUUUGAGUCGAGUACUUCUUCGCAGAGUACUUGCAGGUUCAGAAGCUGGAAGCUCUGUCUUCUUCGGUUCCAAUGAAGGUUCUGGAACUGUGAUCUCAGGUUCCUUAAAUUCCUCUGGAAUCUGCUUGGGUACAGUUGUUUGCAUUGGAACUUGGGCCAAUUCUGUUGAACUCUGAAGAUCAUUGGCGACUGUGGGUGUGCUUGUCCUCAGGCGAAGAUGGUCAACAUGUCGUCGAAACACUCCACCUGAACUGAGUUGAACGACAUACGAAACCGGUCCUGACUGUUGAAUAAUUGUUCCACAUAACCACUUUGGACCAUAUGAAAAAUUCUUGACAAAUACUGGGUCAUUCACUUGAAAUUCUCUGAGUGGCACUAGAUUGUCGUGUUGUUUCUUCUGUGCGAGCUGUUUAUCUUCUACACGAGUGCGAAUUGUGUCCUGACUAAGGGGGUUUACCAGGUCCAAGCGCGUCUUCAGCUUCCGGUUCAUUAAUAGCUCACCAGGUGUUUUACCAGUGGUUGCAUGAGGUGUGGUACGAUAGCUUAGUAGAAAUCUGCUUAACUUCGUGUCUAAGUUUUCCUUUUCCCCUCCCAUCUUCUUCAUUGUUUCCUUGAAAGUGCGAACAUAUCUUUCAGCAAAUCCAUUGGAUGCUGGGUGUUUAGGUGCUGAAGUGAUGUGUUUUAUGCCAUUCUCAGACAUAAAAAGGGCAAAUUCUUCACCUA